UGGCCCUGCUGCAAUGGCGGUGAACAGUGCGAAAAACAGGUGGACUUUCCAAGUGAUUUUGCUACUUUUUACCAUCUAUAUUUCAUGGACAAAUGCAGAUCUAGUUAGUCGAUGCGAGGAAACCUGUCAGCUAACUAUGACAGACGCAAGCGGAGCAGAGAGGCUAACCUGUAAUGACACAUGCAGAAUCAGCUCUUGCAGAAGAGGCUGCUCUAAUUGGAAUAACACAACUGCAGAAGUGUGCAAUCUACAAUGUGAAUCUGCAUUUUCACUAGAAUCCCAGGUUCAAAGUUGUGGUUCAGGGUGUCUUUAUGCUGAAAAUGAAUAUGCAGCAGCUGUCAGAGCUCAAAUUGGGAUUGCUUCUCCACCUUUUGUUGUGUCAAUGGAGAGUAUCACAAAUGACAGCGUUGACAUUGGGUGGAUGUCAGCCAAUCACCCAGCUGUGACAUACAUACUGCAAUGGCGAUAUGUAAACAUUGAGGGCAGCACAUGGACAUCGUAUCACUUACAGCCUGUUUCUGACCUUCAAGCAUCAGUCACUGGACUACACCCAUUUGUAUCCUACAUGUUCCGCAUCCAGUGGGUCAUAACACCUAGACAUACACUGUCUUCUAAUGCCAGCGUACAAAUCACCACAGAUCCAUAUGGAGUUCCAUUAUCUGCACCCAUCAUCACCAGUCUUGUAUCGCCAAGCCCGUCAACUAUCGCCGUAUCCUGGAAGACUCCAAAUUUCCCUAGCGGACGCAUCAUCCAGUACUCAGUCUCGGUAGAGAAUACCGCCGGCUACAGAUCCAUGGCACCGGUCGAUCCAACCAGAAAUAAGUACACGUUUAUCAGACUGGAGCCGGGGACACUCUACACUGUGACAGUGGAGGCUAGAAAUGCAAAAGGGAUGAGUCCGGAAGCCAGACUGAGUAUCACAACACUUCCGCCGUUGAAUGAUACAAGCAUCCAGCCCUUCUUAGUCGUUGGUGUUACAGCCUUCAAUUUCUUCACCUCAACUCUGGCAUCUCACGUGUCGUUCACACCUCUUGACAAGUUGGAAGAUUUGACCAUUUUCCCAAGUGACACACACAUAGCUGAUGUAGAAAAUGUCACCAUUGCAGAUGUUGCAGUUCAUUACUGGGAGAAGCUUCUUUAUCUGUCUGAUUCUGCGGGACGAAUCCAUCGCCGGCCUGUCAAUGUGUCUAACCUGGACACUUGGAAUACUUCCUCUGAGGUCAUCUAUAGCGGCACAAAGGUUACGACCUUGCUGACUGUUGAUUGGCUGUUUGAUCAUUUGUACUUUGUGCAGGAAAAUCAGAUAUUGAGAUGUGAUCUUGCAUGCAGCCAGUCACCAGAGGUUGUGAUUGAUGGUCUGGACUUGACACCGACAGAAUUGCAUGUUGACCCUUACAAUGGGUUUAUUUACUGGUCAGAGCUUGGUCUGUCAAAGGGAAUCUAUCGGCUUGACUUGGCUCACUUAGGAAACAAUGCAACUGCACGGAAGGAGCUCAUCAUCCAACUUGAUAAUGUCGAGACUUUCCUGAUAGAUCCGGUUGGUUACCAAGUGAUUUUCCCCAAUGCCAACAACGAUUCAAUCGUCAGUUCUUUCUUGGAUGGGUCAGAACAGGACAUGCUGCGAGUGGGCGAGAACCAUGUACUUGAAUUUUUCACUAAUGUGUCCAGUUUGGCCUACUUCAACAAUUUAUUUGUCUGGACUCGAUAUGACAACGCCGUCAGGAAUUGCUCUCUCACCAAUGGGGAUCAAUACAAUAAAGCAUUCAUGUACUUUGAAGCCACAUCUGGAACCAUAAUGGAAAGUGACCACUUUAUCUGUGCUGAAGCUUACCACGGCUUAGACGUGUUUCAUCCUUAUUAUCAGCCAAUCCCAGCCCCUGCUACUCCACCAACUGAUCUCCAGGUUUUGUUCUCAGACACAACGGCUGAAGUUUCAUGGGUCAGACCAACCAAUCUUGAAAGCACUGGCCAGGGAGCUUGGCAGAAAUGGACCUACGAGAUUGAGCUGACUGAUGUGAUUCUCUCAGACGUGCUCAUCCUAGAUUCUAUCCAAGGCUUGACUGUCAGCCUUCAGAACCUGACGUCAGAUUCCAUGUAUCGCAUCAGGGUACGAGGCUACUCAGAAACAGCUAGAGGACCUUGGUCAGAGAGCUUUAUUGGGACUACACUUAAACAAGUUACUGAAGACCCUUAUCUUGUCUUUGCAUCAAGUGACACAAUCAAGAGAAUCAAUCUGGACGGUACUGGGUUGACAGAUGUUGUGAAUGGGAGUACUGUAAGAGACUUUGCCUGGAAUGGAAACACCUUGUACUGGUGUGACAGCAUGGGUGCCGUCUUCAAGACCAAUGUGACUGACCCUCAAAUGACAGUGGAAGAACUGCCUUUCACAUUGUACACUGAGGCACUGGCUGUUGAUUGGUUCACUGGGAAGUUGUACCGUGGACGCAGUAACCAACAGGAUCUCGCAAUUGAUUCGCUUAAUGCCUUCAUGUACUGGACCACAACUAAGACUGUUGAGUGUUCACGCUUCACUGGCCAAGGACGCUUUGAUUAUGAGCGAAUCAGUGGCAUAUCUGAUGACCUCAUUGCUGGCUUGACCCUUGACCUCAGUAGUGGCUUUGUGUACUGGUUUGCACUGACCAAUGAGGAUAGUGUUCAGUCAUUGAAGCUCUUCAGAGCUCAGCUAGCCAGAACUGGCUUGGAAGACCCAGCUACAAGCAAACAAGAGGUUGGCACCGUGCCUUCAAAUACAGAGAGAGCUGCCUUGAGUUUCUACAGUCAGAAGUUGUUAUGGAUAAAUGAACAAGAUGAGAUUAUCAUUGGUAGUGUGGAGGGAGGUAGUCUUGCCACACUACCUAUCGGACAGGGUGCCACAACCCUCAGCAUAAUACAGAGCACACUCCACCCCCUGCCAGAUGGUUUUUCUUCAGUUCCCACCGUCAUUCCUUCCGUGAUUCCGGCUGACUCCAUCCAGAUUACUGGAGCAUGGCAUGAUUUUAACAUCACAUGGCGCGCCAGCAAUGAGGUGAACUAUGGGAGUGUGUUCUAUGAUGUUAGUGUGACAGCCAGUAAUGCUGAGUUUACAGCAGUUGUACAGGAAGCUGUGUAUAAUGUGAUGGGUGUAGAUCCGUUUCAGCCUCUGAUGAUAUCCAUCCAGGCUUACACCUACUGGGGCUCAGCUGAACCAGUUACAGUGACUCAGAGAUCUCCUAUGUCAGUUCCAACAGUGCCACAGACGCCCCGUGUUUUCCUUCUAGAAAACAAGGAUAUCUAUACUGGCUUAAGUAACUACAGUGCCGUAUUCCGAUGGGAUGCUGUCCAGGAGGCCAAUGGUAUUCUCCUGGGGUACAAAGUUCACUGGGGUGUGUCAGUAAAUGAGCUGACAAUGACGACCCUUGACAACCAGACCACAGAAUUUGCUGUUCACAAUUUGACGAGCAAUACCUCCUAUAAUUUCCAGGUGGAAGGAUUCACUGCAGUAGGUAGUGGACCAGUCACUUCACUGGUUCAUGUUACAACCAGUGCGCCCAGUCCUCCACCCGUCAUCUUCUCCAUCGGGUCAAGUGGUAUCACACAGAUGGACCUAGACACCCAGACAUCCACAGAACUCCUGGGUGGGGAGAGUGUGUCAGCUGUUGCUUUGGCAUUUAUUGCUCAAGAGAAAAUCCUGUUCUGGGCCGACAGCACCAAACUGAUGGUGAAAAGCAGUAACUUUGAUGGCAGUAAUGAACAAAAUUUAUUUCCAAUUGAAGCUGGCUGCCUGCCCCAAGCAACUGGUCUAGCGGUUGACUGGUUGUCGCGUUGUGUCUAUGUUGCAAGUGGUAAUAAGAUCUUGAAAUAUGACACAACCCUUCCUACCGAGUCUGCGUUAUCUACCAUCACCGGUGUUGAAACAUCAAACAAUGCCUGCUGGUACCAGGGCAUUGUGGUAGAUCCUCUGAACAGUCGUCUGUAUUGGACUGAGCAAACAGUCCUCAUGACCUCAGACCUGCAAGGUCAAAGUUUACGACCUCUGUUGGGUUUCCAAGGGGGACGACGGAAACGCCAGUCAUGCAACUGCAGUCCAGAUGUGUCAGUUAGUGGUGCUGUCGCCAUGGACCAAUCAAAUCCUCAGAAUCCAGAACUGUUCUAUGCCGUCAUGAUGACUGGGGAUAUCUACGCUGCAGAUCUCGAUGGCUGUCAGUGUCGACUGGUUGUCACUGCGUCUGAGCAUGCUCAGUCAGGUCUGCCUCCAGACUCACUGACUGUUGACCAGACUAGGGUGUACUGGACCAAUGAGAAUCAAGGGAUAGAAGCCAGUGUUGACAAGGUCACAGGUCAAGAUUUCAGGUCCAGGAGUGUAACUCCAGUCCCUACCUUAGCUGCCUUUGGAGAAAAUCUUCAGCCGUACCCAGAUCCAACAUGUUUAGCACCACUACCUUAUACCUCCCAAGCUCAGCUGGUAUCCAGCACAAGCAACUCAUUAAACCUGAGCCUGACACCAGCCGCAGUGCCCUCACAGUGUACUAGGGUCAGUAGGUCAGCUGUAGUUUACACACUGCAUUAUGGGAAGACAGAGUCCAGAAUGCAGCCACUGAUGACCAAGACAACAACUGAUACCAACAUCCUUCUAGAUGGCUUAGACCCUUUUACCGAAUACAACAUCAGCAUCUCAGCUCAUAAUUAUUACACCAUCGGCGAUCCACCCCUUGGACCAGUGGCAAUCUCCAUGACAAACUUUGGAGCACCUAGCGAAGCACGUAAUGUCACCGUUACUGUCCUUUACCCCUACGAGGUCAGGGUUCAGUGGCUCCGCCCCUUGGAGCCCAAUGGACCGAUUGAACAUCUGCGCUACAAAGUCAUCUUCUUCCUUGGUGUGAAUUCAGUUGGAAGUGAGACACUUUAUCCCGUUGGCAACAGUUCAGCGCUUGUUUUGGAGAUGACCAUUAAUGGUCUGAUGGGGGGAACCGAUUACAACUUUCAGGUCAAAAGCUAUCCAGCAUCAGACAUAGAGGCUAUGAGUCUGAGCCAGCAGGUUUCCACGACAACCUUCCAGGUUCCAGACAUUGUCAGGGUGUUGUCAAGCUCAGCUGACUCCAUCACUGUGAAUUGGACAUCACCUAGCGAUGGUAGUGUGGCAAUGCAUAGGAUAGAGUAUCUCUACGCUGGAUAUCGAGGACUCAGUUCUGUUCCAAGCGACAACAAGCUUUCAUCCGAAUGGAGUUAUAUCAAUGUGGAUAACCAAACGCAGCCAAGCACCGACUACCAGGAAAUUCUUACCAACUUGGAACCUUACUCUCAUUAUCACAUCCGUGUUCACGUCACCUACAUCACAGACAGAACCUACGAUUACUCACAGGAUCUUGAAAGGAUUAUUAGCAGUGGCACAACAGCUGGGCUGCCUGAUGCACCUGCCCCCCCUGAGAUCAUCGAGAAAGCUCAAGGAUUUGAAGUGAGAUGGACGAAACCGGCUGUCAAUGGCCCUGAGGAAAACUUCCAAUAUAUCCUGCAAGGAAAAUCCAGUAAGGGUAGCUGGCAGACUGUCUACCAAGGCAACCUGGCAUCGUGGGAAGCCACCAAUCUGACAGAAGGAGAGUUUUACACCUUCCACGUGGCUGGUUACUCUACUGUGGGUGUUGGACCUUAUAGUGCAACAAGCCAGCCACAGGUCUACAUGACAGGAGGUCAAGAAACCCCAAACACAUUGAUAAUCAUUAUUGUUGCUGCCGUGGUCUUUGUGCUAGUCCUUCUAGCUAUCAUCGUCGUCGCGCUAAUUCUACGUCGUAGAGCAAAGAGAGAUGCCAAAUGGAAGAACAGCGUGACUGUUGAAUAUCGAACCGACACCGAGUUAGCUACCCUACGACAGUACCCGACAACCAUUGUUCAGAAAGAUAACUCGCUGUAUGCUGUCACUACCACAGUUGACGGAAAGGAGGUUGAAUUACCCAUCUUCCCGAGGGAACGACUCAAGUUGAUAACUUUCCUUGGCAGCGGAGCAUUUGGAGAAGUCUUUGAAGGCCUUGCUUUAAACAUCCAUGGGCCAGACUCGGGAGAGACACGGGUUGCUGUCAAGACAUUGAAGCAAGGGGCUACAGAUCAAGAGAAAGAAGAGUUCUUGAAAGAGGCCGUACUGAUGGGUAAUUUCCACGACAAGAACAUCCUUGGACUACUAGGGGUGUGUUUGGACAAUGAUCCUCAAUUCAUAAUCUUGGAGUUGAUGGAAGGUGGGGAUUUGCUGUCCUACCUUCGAGGCGCUCGUGGAACCUCCAUUACCCCCUGUCGUCUGAGCCCCUUGGACUUGACAGACAUUGUCAUCGAUGUUGCUAAGGGUUGCCGGUACCUGGAAAGCCUCAAGUUUGUUCACAGGGAUUUGGCUGCUAGGAAUUGUCUAGUCUCCACGAAGGAUUACCUUGCCCCGGACCGAUCGGUCAAGAUUGGCGACUUUGGACUAGCUCGUGACAUCUACAAGAGUGAUUACUAUCGUAAGGAGGGUGAGGGAUUACUACCUGUCCGUUGGAUGUCACCAGAAGCCUUGAUGGACGGCGUAUUUACGACCCAGUCAGAUGUGUGGGCGUUUGGUGUCUUGGUAUGGGAGGUCAUGACCUUAGGCCAGCAACCAUACCCGGCUCGGACUAAUGUGGAGGUCCUGCACUAUGUCACAGCCGGUGGAAGAUUGGACCGGCCAGACAACUGUCCGGAUGAUAUACAUCACCUAAUGCUGAAGUGUUGGGAGAAACAACCAGAGGCCAGGCCAUCAUUCCAUUCAAUCCUAGAGCAGCUGAACACGUACAGGCGCAAGUCGGCUUCAAUGUCUAGCGGGGUGGAUAACCCAGCGUUUGACAAAGGCUCUAUCAAGUACCUUCGCUUGGGCGGAGGAGGUAACAGCCCUCAAGGCACUGAAGAUUACCUACAGCCAAUGGACAGUGCCCAGUCCCUGGGACGACGAGAAAGUACAGACAGCCUUGCUGAGAUCAAGGUCAAGGCUCAGGAAGAUGCCAGACGAUACCGGGAACAGCAAGGGGCAGAUCAGUACAGCAGCCAAGGUGCUAAACCCAAGCAGCGGAAUAAUAACAGAGAUUCCUUGGGGCUACCGCAGGGUGCCGCUGAGCUGGAACCAAGGUACACAGCAGCCCCGUCUUCCUUCAGCAAGGCCACUGGUGCUAAGGUACCUAAACCAGAACCACCCACCAGGCAGCCGAGUGAUACAGCUUCUUCUAAUAAGCCACCGACAUCCAAGAAACCCCUGAAUAUGAAAGGAAGUUGGGUGGAUCCCAAUAAGAAAGAGAAACGAAUACAGAAGGCAGAAGAGGGUAAAAGGAAGCGAGAAGAAAUCGAGGAGAGGCGGAGAGAGCAAGCCGAUGUACAGCGAGGGCCAAGCGUGGUGGUCAUGGAUGAGCCAUACCUUAUCAGCAAACCCAACGUGUCUCAACCACCAAAAAGAAGAGCUCCAAAUCCAUUCCGGCAAGAUUCGGGUGAUGAGGCUGAUCGCAGGGACUAUACCAACUGGCCCAAGAACAUUGAGGAAGAUCAUACAGUGUAUCAAGUCUGAUCUUAGCCGAGCUUACAAUGACUUUUGUUUCAGAUGAGGUUCCCUGUACUUCAGGGUCGUGCUCCUGAUUCUCAUUUUUUUCACUUCUCACCUCACGAAGACUACCAAGAACAGAGCUCUGCAUUUAAGGUAGGGAAUCAUUUAAUAGACAAAGCUUUGUUGUGCUGUGUUUGUUUCGGUUUUGUUUUUGUCUGCGUGAGGAGAACCACCCCCUCAUCAGUUAAACAGAGCCGUGUUGGUCAGGAGUGUUCAUUUUCAUGGUAGAGAUACCACCGUAACAUGUGCAUUUAACAGUUGCUGUGACCAGCAAAGUGCAGUUCCAACCAAAGGAGCCUCUAUUGCUAAGGAACUUGCGCCCUCUGUUGGUCUCUGUUGGUCCAGCUUGUGGCUGAUUGCUCAUUGCAGUCCAUAACAGGUGUACGUUUCUGUGACAGGUGCGGAUUUAGAUUUUUUUACUGUAUUUAUUUUUAGGUCUUCCACUUUUUUAACACUGAUCCAUUUUUAAUAUUUUUGAGGUACAUUAUUUUCCUAGCCCUUAAAAUACGUGCCUGCAGACAACAACGUUUCUUACAUUCUAACAAGGUAUAUAACGUUUUAUUUUAUUUCUCUGAUAAACCCAUCAAACUUUGAAAUUCUUUCCGCAUCAUGAUGGAUACUUUGUAGCCAAACUAUCCUAACAAACUUACUGAUUUCUGUAAAAAGAAAAUUAAAAAUACUUUCAGAGACCAAAUAUGUUGUUUGAUAAGCCAACAUUAUAGCCUUAAUGCCAAUUUAACACAGUUUUUAAUAUGUAUAUUUUUGAUCAAUUUUUACUUUUUUACUGAUAGUUUAUAUUUUAGAAUGAUAACUAACGUCAAGUAUCACAAGCAAGACAUAGCAAACGGCAUUUAACUACAAUUUUUACGCUAUAGAUUAAGUAUACCAACUUUUUAUAAAUAUAUACUCUUCAUCUAAUUUUGAUACAAUAUCAGCAUUUACAUCAGUAUUUUCCAAAGACAUGAAUAGUUAACAAAUUGGUUAUUCAUAUUGAACAGUAACUAUUUAUAUUUGUAAUAUUUGUGUUGUGUGUGGUGUUCCUUGCAUACUGCUUAGCCAUUGUGACAAUACUUUAUAUUUUAUGUAUCAGGUAGUAUCAUCAGAUUAAAUAUCUAUAGGAAAAAUUAUUCCUCAAGAUAGAUUUGAAGAUGGUAAUGCUCAUUAAUCAAAAAAGCCAAAUGUUUAUUUUAAGCUCUAAUAUUUGCAACUCUAACAGAAUUUGUCAGCAUAGACAUGCAGUAAUACUAAUGGAGGUUUCUCCUUUUUAUAUCUCACAAAGCUAAUUUUUGUUUUCACUUUACAAAUGUCCCUUACAGAUAUUAAGUGUUCAUUUUCAAAGAUGAAUUAACCUUGAAACUAUUGAUGAAAGACGGCCUUGAGUGUUCACUCCUCAGUAAUCACUGAUAUUGUAUAUAUUUGUUUCAUUUUACACUCAGAUCCAAAAUCCCAAAAUUGAUUCAUUUUAAAAAUCACUUGACCCCCCCAGUUUUAUUUUGUAAAGACAUACGUGUUUUGGCAGGUUGUU